UCAGUUCAUGACGCUGCGUCUCUUUGUUGGCUCAGCAGCAGCGACGCUUGUGUUGUUAUUUUCUCCGCAGCUGAAAAUCUGUACUACUGGCCACUCAGCGAAACACUUUUCCUGUUUUGUUUUGUUUUGGUACCUCAUUAUAUCGUGGUGUAACGUACCAAAACUCCUUUGUAACUCGGCUUGUCAUAAUCGGAAGUUAACCUAGUAAUGGACUCGGACGAGGGUUAUAACUGCUAUGAAUAUGACGACGACGAGGAAUGUAGCGAGGAUAGCGCUGAAGAGGAGCCUGAAGACGACAACCUGGAACUGGGGGAGGUUGAGUUGGUCGAUCCAGUUGUGGCCGGUGGCGAGCGAGAUGAGUGUGGGGAAACAGGGGGAAGCGGCCUCGGGCCUGGUCAAGAUGAAGAGGACUACCGUUUCGAAGUACUCACAGCUGAACAGAUUCUUCAACAUAUGGUGGAGUGUAUCAGGGAGGUCAAUGAGGUCAUACAGAAUCCAGCCACAAUAACGAGGAUACUCCUCAGUCACUUCAACUGGGACAAAGAGAAGCUGAUGGAAAGGUACUUUGAUGGGAACCUGGACAAGCUGUUCUCCGAGUGCCAUGUCAUCAACCCCAGCAAGAAGUCGCGGACGCGCCUGGUCAACACGCGCUCCUCUGGCCUGGACAUACCGUGCCAGAUCUGCUAUCUCAACUACCCCAACUCGUACUUCACAGGCCUGGAGUGCGGUCACAAGUUCUGCAUGCAGUGUUGGGGCGACUACUUGACGACCAAAAUCAUCGAAGAGGGCAUGGGACAGACGAUUUCCUGUCCGGCACAUAGCUGUGAUAUCCUCGUGGAUGACAGCACAGUCAUGAGGUUGAUCACGGACUCCAAAGUCAAGUUGAAGUACCAGCAUUUAAUUACCAAUAGUUUUGUUGAGUGUAAUCGACUAUUAAAGUGGUGCCCUGCGCCAGACUGCCACCAUGUGGUCAAAGUCCAGUACCCCGAUGCCAAACCGGUCAGGUGCAAGUGUGGUCGGCAAUUCUGCUUCAACUGUGGGGAGAACUGGCAUGACCCUGUCAAGUGCAAGUGGCUGAGGAAAUGGAUCAAAAAGUGUGACGACGACAGCGAGACGUCAAACUGGAUCGCAGCAAAUACCAAGGAAUGUCCCAAGUGUCACGUCACCAUAGAGAAGGACGGCGGCUGCAACCACAUGGUGUGUCGGAACCAGAACUGCAAAGCGGAGUUCUGCUGGGUCUGCCUUGGGCCCUGGGAACCUCACGGCUCAGCCUGGUACAACUGCAACCGCUACAACGAAGAUGACGCCAAGGCAGCGAGGGACGCCCAGGAGGUGAGCAGAUCUCGAGCGGCGCUGCAGCGCUACCUGUUCUACUGCAACCGCUACAUGAACCACAUGCAGAGCCUGCGCUUCGAGCACAAGCUGUACGCCCAGGUCAAGCAGAAGAUGGAGGAGAUGCAGCAGCACAACAUGUCCUGGAUCGAGGUGCAGUUCCUGAAGAAGGCGGUGGACGUGCUGUGCCAGUGCCGCUCCACCCUCAUGUUCACCUACGUCUUCGCCUUCUACCUCAAGAAGAACAACCAGUCCAUCAUCUUCGAGAAUAACCAGGCAGAUCUCGAGAAUGCAACAGAGACGCUGUCUGGAUACCUGGAGCGAGACAUUUCCCAGGAUUCCCUGCAAGACAUCAAGCAGAAGGUCCAGGACAAGUACAGAUACUGCGAGAGCAGGCGGCGAGUGCUGCUGCAGCACGUGCAUGAAGGCUAUGAGAAAGACCUGUGGGAGUACAUCGAGGAUUGAGCCUGGCUUACCACACACACACACACACACACACACACACACACACACACACACACACAAACAUGUAUAAAUAUAUGUACACAUACACACACACGCAUGUACGGACUCUUAAGAAAAGCUCCGUGAUGGACAGGAGCACUGAUGCAGAAGCAGCGGCAAGAGACAGCGCUGAGCUCCCUCACAACACACACACACACACACACACACACACACACACACACACACACACACACACACACACACACACACACACACACACACACACACACACACACACACACACACACACACACCCCUCUUCAUCCAGCCAGCACAAGUCCUUCUCCCUGCAUCCCUGGAGGUUUUUUUUGUUUGUUUGGUUUUGUUUUUGUUUUUUAAUUCUUUUUUUCAUCAAUAUUUGUUUGUUUGUUUCUAAAACUCAAAAAUUAAAUUAUAUUUAAAUAAAAAAGCUAGAAGAUUAAAAGAAAGCAAGAAAAUACUAAAAAUACGAAAAAAAGAAGACCUCAUUGCGUGUGCAACAGUAUUGUUAGCUGCCUAGAGAGGAGAGGACAGAACAGGACAGGUAGGAGACUUGGGGAUUGUGUUGUAACUCUCCCACCCAAUCCUCCCCACCACCACCCCCACACCCGGCCCGCACAGACCAUUCUGCUCUCUCUCUGGCUGCAAUGUGCCCAUUGGACUGUCUCUUUGUGUGCUAUUAUAUUCUCAGCCCGCGUGAGCGAGGAUUGGCUAGGGCUUUGUUCUGAGCCCUCCCCAUGCUUUAUCUGAAUGGGGGGGCCAUGCAACCAUGUCUGGGUUUUCCGAUUGGUUAGUUGUAAGAAAACAGUGUUUGCCUUGGGUAAGAAAAAGGAUAUCAACAGCAUCAAACAGAAUUGAACAGAACAUAAAAAGAAGUGUUUUCCUAAUUUGUAAAUAAUGCAUAUAUGCAUGGAAUACAAAGAGCAAGAGAGGCACGUUUUUACUUUCAUUUUUUUAAGUGGUAGGGAAAAAAAUAUUUAUUCUUUAAAAAGAAUACUCAAAGAAAGAAAAGAAGAAUGAAAAAACAGCUGUGUUGUCUGUGUAAUAGAGAAUUGACCGUCUAUUCUCAUUGAUGCUGAAAAAACCAGCUGUGUUGUCUGUGUGAUAGAGAAUUGACCGUCGGUUCUCACUGAUGCUGAGGUGAAACGCCUGACCUCCAGAAGCAGCUGUGCGUGUGCGUGUGUUUGUGUUUUGCCCCAGACAUCCUCAAAGUGGAGGACUUGCACCGGCUCUCAUAGAUACGUGCUGUGUGAUCUAAGCCAAAUGAUGAUGGUUGCUGAGGAGUGUCAAAGUGAUUUGCCCUGAUGGUGAUGCAAAGGCCGUUUCUGGCAUACUGGAGUUGGACAGAGUUGUAUAAAGCAGAAGUACAAAUGUGCAAUUGUAAUUACGACUCUAUAAGUAUGAUAUUACAAAAUUGAAAGCAUGUAAUAUCCAACUGCUGUUGUAAUUACAUCUGUAAGAGCACUUCUACUUCUACUUUACACAACUCUGAAUACUGAAUUGGUGUUCAGACAAGUGAGGGAUACCAGUGGGUUUGUUUGUUGGCUGGGAACCUUUUUGAGUUUCUUUCACUCUUUCUUGCUCCUCUUCUCUGUCUUGACGUCCUUUGGUCAGGUAGCCCCCCCCCCCCCUCAUGCUUGGGUGGAAUUAUAUAUAUAGAGUUGUGAUUUUUGGACAGCGUGACACUAAUUUCUGAGAGCCAAAUUUGAGUGACAUUCACUCAGUAAGUGUCUAGCUCCGUUGUGUGUGUGUGUGUGGUGUUUUUCUUUUCUUUUCUUUUUUUCUCGGCAUUUCAUGGGUUUUUGCUUUUUGUCUCAGAACUUCCGUCGAGCAGGAAAACCCACACUCCUUAGGUUGAAAGGGAGCUGAUGUCAUUCACAGCAAUGCUGAACCACAGUCCAGCAGAUGUGAUCGACCAGCAUCAGCCACAUUGUACACCAGGUCUGGUGUUGUUUUAAACAUAAUCAGCCACUUCUUUCUUUUUGAUGCGCAGAACACACACAGGGUUGCAGUCUGGCAUCUAGUCACAGGAUGUGUGUGUGCGCGUGCGUGCAACAAGAUGUGUUUGUAUAGGCCUUGACUGGAUGACUCUUGAUGCUGUUCAGCGUAACAUUCCCCAUUUACAGCCGCCUCAGAUGCCAACCAACCAACAGAUAUGUAGUGUUAGAGCUUACCUGUCACUUUGACUUGAGCAGAAGAGAAGCAGGCAUUCUCACCUGCAAGAUGGACAGUUCUGUGAUCUCCAUGGUGACUGUUCUGUGGUUUCCAUGGCGAUGCUUGUUCCUGUUCCCCAAUGAGCCCUGGUUAGAGGCUUGUGCUAGACUUACAGGCCUGUAUACCGUCAGCCUCUAAUAGUUCCCUCCCAAAUAACGUUAAGGAGAGGUGUGAUUGGGUGUCCAAAGGGUCCAAAUGGUGUGCAAACCAUAAUGAUUUGCACUGUUGUAACAUUCUACAACAACAGUACAAACAAUACAUCGUCUCUGAGAGCAUACCUCAAGCAUCCAUGGAAAUGGGGCCCAUGAGAACAUGAUGGAAAGGAGGUUGAGACCAACUUGUAAUGGGUGACCUACAAAAGAUAUGGUGGUGUGAUGAGUCUUUAGUAGUAUGCCUGUGGAUAUGAAGGCGUGAGCUUGUUUAGCUAGCUAAACAACUGCCAUCAGCCUCCUCUGUUGGGUUAAUGUCACCACUUCUGGGGUUCAUAAACUUGGUUUGUCACGAAUCACCAUAAUCAUUUGUAGUAGGUCCUUGUCAUGAGUGUCCUUGUUUCGAUUGGCUACCAACUCCAAUGGCUUUGCAUAGCACGAACAUCUAACAAACUUACUACAGUACUGUAUAUCAACGAUAGAGACAGGAAAGUCCCAUCAGUGUGAAGAAAUGCCACAUUAUUUUGUGUUGGUGGGGAGAAGAUGGGGGGUGUACACAGGGGAACAAGUAGACUAGGCUGACGUUUGCAUAUUGUUAGUAGAAGAUCCCAUGCCUCUGGUUCUGAUCUCAAGGUGGUCUUCCAGAUGUUUUGUGUGGCGUUGAAAAAACACAAAUUACCCAUCUAUCAAAUAGAUGAAUUCAAUAGCUGGAACUUUGAAAUAAAACUUUUAAAAUAUAUAUAUAAUUUUUUUCCUUCUAAAUUUUGGACGCUUGUGUUGGUUUUCCCAAUGUCUUUCCAGUUACUACUGGGGGUGUUGUGUACAAAUAGUAGGUUACAUGAAGAUGUGCAAUUGCUCGUCGGCUGUUCCUUGUCCAGCAGCCAGGUGGCGCUCUAGCCAAUGUGAGCCUCCUCAAAGCUCUCUCUGUGUUGGGUCAUGUCCUAUAGUUCAUGAAUACUGCAACUUAAAAACAUUCACAGCAACUAAAAGCAGCUACAUCUAUCUCUGACAUCCAAAAAAACUUUUAAUACUUUUCUACAUAUAUCUUUUUUUCCCUUUAUGCUAUUAAAUUGGUUGAUUUCUUAUAUACAUAGUGUACAAAUGUGGAGGAAAUUAGUUGUCUGUUUUGGAGAAAACAUUAAAGUGCAAAAUGUUGCAAAUGUUUACUUGA